UGAAGGAUAAAAGUCGUAAUAAUGCAUUUUAUUGGUAUUGUGAGAGGCGAGAUAAGUUGAGCUGCAAUGGUCGUGCGAUGACCAGACUGGUAAAUGGUCAACAUUAUCUUAGAAGUGCUAAAGAGCAUAACUAUUCAGCACAAGCAAGCAGAGUGGAAGUUGUUAAGAUGAUCGCUAGAAUAAAGGGUCAAGCGCAACUAACCAGGGAAAAGCCAGCCCAAGUCUUGCAGACAGUGAUUACUGACAGUCCUCA